CUAGCCGCUCUUGUGUAACCCACACAAGUGUCAGUAUCUGUUGCCAAACACUGAGCAGAAGCCAGUUCCAGCUGAUCUUUAAGGGCUGUCCCAGCGCGGGAGACGCUCGCCCGAGGAACAGGGCAGCUGCCACAGGCGCGGGAAGGAUGCAGGGGCCCGUGGCCCUCCUAAGGUUCUGGUCUGGCCUGCUCCUUGCGCUGGGCGCCCUGUGCCCUGGAGGCUCACCAUGCGGCAUUUCAACCCACAUAGAAAUAGGACACAGAGCUCUCGAGUUCCUCAGCCUUCCCAACGGGAGCGUCAACUACAGACAGCUGCUGCUGGAGCACCAGGACGCAUACCAGGCGGGAGCCGUGUUUCCCGACGCCUUCUACCCCAGCAUCUGCGAAAGAGGGCGGUUCCACGACGUGUCCGAGCGCACCCACUGGACGCCCUUCCUCAACGCGAGCGUCCAUUACAUCCGGGAGAACUACCCGCAGCCCUGGGAGAAGGACACAGAGAAGCUGGUCGCCUUCCUGUUUGGAAUCACGUCCCACAUGGUGGCAGACGUCAGCUGGCACAGCCUGGGCAUCGAGCAGGGCUUCCUGAGGACAAUGGCGGCCAUGGAUUUCCACAGCUCCUAUUCCGAGGCACAUUCCGCGGGAGACUUUGGUGGAGACGUGCUGAGCCAGUUCGAGUUUAAUUUUAAUUACCUCUCACGGCACUGGUACGUGCCCGUCGCAGACCUGCUGGGGAUUUACGAGAAGCUCUAUGGCCACGCGGCCGUCACCAAGAAGACGAUUGUGGAGUGUUCGUACCUGCAGUUCCUGGAAAUGUAUGGCGAGGUGCUGGCGGUUUCCAAGCUGUACCCCACCUACUCCAGGAAGUCCCCGUUCCUGGUGGAGCAGUUCCAGGAAUAUUUCCUCGGGGGGCUGGACGACAUGGCCUUCUGGUCCACCAACAUUUACCGUCUCACCAGCUACAUGCUUGAGAACGGGACCAGUGACUGCAGCCUGCCCGAGAACCCCCUGUUCAUCGCCUGCGGCGGCCAGCACACCAGCUUCCAGGGCUCAAAGGUGCAGAAAAUUGGUUUCCAUAGAAAUCUUACCACAUCCCUCACCAAAGACUCUGGGAAAAACAUAAAAUAUACCGAGCGAGGGGUGGUCUUCAGUGUGGACUCCUGGACCUCGGACUCCCUGUCCUUCAUGUACCAGACCCUGGAGAGGAACCUGCGGAUGAUCUUCACGGGCAGCUCCCAGCGGCCACAGAAGCACGUGUCCAGUCCCCUGGCGUCCUACUUCCUGUCGCGUCCCUAUGCAAGGCUGGGCUGGGCCAUGACCUCGGCCGACCUCAACCAGGAUGGGCACGGGGACCUGGUGGUGGGUGCCCCAGGCUACAGCCGCCCCGGCCACGUCCACGUGGGCUGUGUCUACCUCAUCUAUGGCAAUGACCUGGGCCUGCCACCCAUUGACCUGGACCUGGAGGAAGAGGCCCACGAGGUCCUGGAGGGCUUCCAGCCCUCAGGCCGCUUUGGCUCCGCCUUGGCCGUGCUGGACUUCAACCAGGACGGGGUGCCCGACCUGGCCGUGGGCGCCCCCUCGGUGGGCUCGGAGCAGCUCACCUACAAAGGUGCAGUGUACGUCUACUUCGGUUCCCAGACAGGAAAGAUGUCGCCAUCCCCCAACAUCACCAUCUCCUGCCAGGACACCUACUGUAACCUGGGCUGGACACUCCUGGCUGCCGACAUGGAUGGAGACGGCGAGCCCGACCUGGUCAUGGGCUCCCCCUUUGCCCCGGGUGGAGGGAAGCAGAGGGGCAUGGUGGCCGCGUUUUAUUCGGGCCCCGGCCGAAGUCACAAAGACAAACUGAGUGUGGAGGCGGCCGACUGGCAGGUGAGCGGCGAGGAGGACUUCUCCUGGCUCGGUUACUCCCUCCACGGCGUCAGCACCGACAACGGAACCCUGCUGCUGGCGGGGAGCCCCACCUGGAAGAACGCCAGCAGCCUGGGCCACUUGUUCCACUCACGAAAGGAGAAGCAGAGCCUGGGACGGGUACACGGCUACUUCCCGCCCCACCGCCAGAGCUCCUUCACCAUCUCUGGGGACAAGGCGAUGGGGAAGCUCGGCACCUCCCUGUCCAGCGGCCACGUGAUGGUGAGCGGGGCCCGGACGCAGGUGCUGCUGGUUGGAGCCCCGACGCAUGAUGACGUGUCUAAAGUGGCCUUCCUGACCAUGACCCUGCACCAGGGCGGCGCCACGCGGAUGUACGCGCUGGGCCCCGGCGCGGGGCCCUCCCUGCUCAGCACCUUCAGCGGAGACCGCCGCUUCUCCCGCUUCGGAGGCGUCCUGCACCUGAGCGACCUGGACGGUGACGGCCUAGACGAGGUCAUCGUGGCCGCGCCCCUGAGGAUAGCGGACGUGACCUCGGGGCUGAUCGGGGGAGAGGACGGCCGUGUCUACGUCUACAACGGCAAACACACCAUCUUUGGCGACAUGACAGGCAAAUGCAAGUCCUGGAUGUCCCCGUGCCCGGAGGAGAAGGCCCAACACGUACUGAUCUCUCCCGAAGCAAGCUCGCGGUUCGGGAGCUCCAUGGUCACCGUGCGGUCCCCGGACAAGAACCAAGUGGUCGUGGCUGCUGGCAGGAGCUCUCUGGGAGCCCGGCUCUCCGGGGCUCUGCACGUCUACAGCCUUGGCUCCAACUAAAGCCCCGCCCCCUGGGCUCACCGCCGUGGACAUCGGUAGAAAUUGCUGGAAGGAGGUGAGGCUCUGGGAGUGGAGAGACGGACUCACAGCCAGACUGUCUGGAACUGAUUCACCAAUGACACGUGUCACAGGGACAGGACGUCGAAGGCGUCAUUCACGCCCCUGCCGCCAAAUGCCUUUUCCUCUGCCCCCGAGCAUCUGCAGGUGACUCGGGAACAGCACGCACCCGGCGCUCCUCUCUGCGGGGUG